CCUGCCCCACUCGGGGCAGGUCCCCGCGCAAGCGCAACCCCUGGCGAGCGAUGUCCGCGCGGCGACUGAUCGCGUCCUGGCGCCACCUCACGCCCGCCCGCCCGAACCUCCAGCCAGGACCCCCUCGGGCCACGCGGAUGGGGGACCUGAAGGCUGGGGGAAGUGGACGGGAAGGAGGGGGCAGGGACGCGCGGCACAGUCGCCGAGUUAUUCAGAGACACAGGAGUGUCCCGCAGCCGCACAACGCGGACGGCGCUCACAACACAACACACGGCAGCACGUGGAUGUGCAGACACACGCGGACACAGAAAGCGGAGGAGCCGGCGCGCCGGGACCCGCGGCCCCACGGCAGGUACGCGACCACCCCGCCGCGCGCACCCUGCACGCUCCCCCAGACGCCAGCACCGGCCCGUUCCGGAGCGCAGGGGCCCCCACGCGCCCCUCGAGGUGCGCACGACCCUGACGCCAGCCGACCGGACACCGGAACCCCAAGUGCAGCCACCGCCGCAGCUCCCGGGCCUGGGGCGCGCCUGACCGAGACCCGGGGAUUCCUCCCAGCUGGGGAGCCCGCAGCAUGUGCGGUUUAAGGGCCGGGGUCUGCAGAGGUACCAGGCGGGGGCAGUGCGAGGGCAGGGGGGGCGGCUGCUCCUGCGCGGCGCCGAGCGCGGCCGCCCGCCCGGCUCCAAGUUCAAGGCGCCCGGCGGCGGCCGCGGCGCGCUCUCCGCCCCUCUCCGCAGCGGCCAUUUUCCGCUAGCUGGCGCGCCGCGCUCGCCCGGGCCGGGGCACCCCGCGGGGGCUGCCGC